AUGGCUACCUUUACUAAAUGUUCUGUUCGUUUUGAUUGGAAAGUAGACGAUGAUGAAGUCUCAGAGCAAUUAUGGGAAAUAUUUGUCUCCAGAGGUUGUCGUGUGGAAAGGACAACACCAACACCCCCAGUGGGUUCAAAACCUCGACUAUUGAGAAGAUUGACCAGUAGUGUUCUCUAUGAUUAUUUUGAUGAGGAUGGUAAGAGCCCAUUGAUAAAAGCUGCUGAGUUAAAUUACCUGAAGACAGCAUUUAGUCUCCUCCUGUUUGGGAGCAGCCCUGACUCACAGGAUCAAACAACAGGUGACACUCCUCUUCACAUUGCCACUUGUACUGGAAAUGUAGUCCUUGUCAAAGGGCUCCUUGCCUGUAAUGCUGAUCCAUUGAUUACUAAUAAACUUGGCAAGACACCUAUUGAUGUAGCACGUGAAAUGAGUAGUGAACUAUCAUUGACCCCUAGCUUCAUGGAUGCAGUGGCACACGUCUUCAGUUUAGCAUCUAGCAGUGAAAGGACUGCAUCUGGUCCAGAACUUGCUCAAAUUGAAAAGGCUUUAACUAAAGCUGUUGAAUUGCAAGCUAAAUCCCACGAAUACUUUGCUGAGCAUCCUGACGUUCCACCUAAAAACAGCGGCAGCUCUGGGGCCUUUCUCCUCAGUGUGGACGGAGGUGGUGUACGAGCAUUUAAUGUCACUAACGCACUCAUCAACAUUGAAGAACGAAUAAUGCAGCUUGAUCCCAAAGCCAAGAAUUUAUAUCAUUACUUUGAUUACGUAGCUGGUACAAGUUCAGGUGGGAUUGCAGCUUGUGCUUUACCAUAUUUGAAAGUUGAUGGGUACAGUGGUCGUGCUAUUGUCCAUCGUGGGGCUGUGAAUGUGUUUGGUGGGCCUUUCCCAGAAAGAGGUGAACGAAUGGAUAGAUUCCUUCAGGAUAUAUUCACAAAGGAAAGAGUAAUGGCUGAUCUGGACAUAGAUUGUCGUGUGAUUGUUACAUCAGCACUGGGAAAUGUCAGUCCUUAUAAGCUUCACUUAUUAACAAGUUAUGGUGAACCAAGAGAUGGACUAGCAGGCCCAACAGAGCGUAAGGUAUGGGAAUCAUGUCGUGUUAGUACUGCUGCCCCUACUUAUUUCCCUUUACUUGAUGACUUGAAGCUUCUUGAUGGUGGCCUGAUCUGCAAUAAUCCUACAGUUGAUAGCAUGGCUGAAAUUAUCCAGCAAGUAAAGAAAGAGGGGAUGUGUGUUGAUUUUGGGUGUGUGGUGUCUAUUGGCACUGGUGCUACCAAACCACAAGAAAUUGGUGAUGUGGAAAUUUUCCUGCCAAAUCCAUCCUCCAUAUUCAAGAACGUUACAAAAAAUCUUCAAGCUCUUGGGAACCUCACACAGCAUUUUUUGAAUGAGGUAAUGCAGUCUGAUGGACAAGAAAUCAUUCGUGCUCAGUCCUUUUGUGAUGCCUUUGGUUGUCCAUACUUUCGUUUGACGCCUCCUCUAGCUGAAGAUGUACCACUGGAUUGCUCUGAUCCAGCAAAACUCAUUGAGAUGCUGUACAAUACUCAAAUGUAUUACUUGGAUAAUCCUCAAAUGAUUGAUGAUGUUGCUAAGACUCUGCUAUCAAAAUGA